AGCUGCAGCCAGAAAUUUAUUUCAUAUUUUCGUGUUGUGCUUUUGGUAUAAAUCACAGAUGAACACUCAAAAGAGAAAAGUUCAUGAACAGAACUGUAGUUUGGAAACAUUUACUUCCAAGCAGAUGGCUUCCGAUGGGAACAUGGGCUUUUGCUUUCAGUUUAAUUUACCAGUCCUUCAUGAAGGCUCAAUACCCAAGUUCAGUCCAGGGACUUCCAGUACACCUUCAGCACCCAUCAUUUCUAGCCAUUUUGCAUCAUCAGCUUCUGCUCUUUAUGCACCAGAAGGCUGCAAGGGCCUUUCAUAUGAUACAAGUAGCUUAUCUACAUGUUCUCCAGUCGGCAAAACUCAAUGUUCAGUUGUUAAUCCACAAAACAGCAUUCUUGAUCUUAAAUCAUCUGUCAACUUGAUCAAUUUGCACAACAAUCAAGAUCCAAGAAGUACAGAAAACACGUACCAAGAUUUGUAUCGGAAUUUGUCGGGAAGUAGCCUUUUUCCUCCUAUCCUGCAGAAGUCAGCAAAUAAAUUAGCCGCCUUGAAUCGAAGGAAAAUGCAUGUUGAUAAUAGAUUCAAGGAUCACCAAAACCAUGAAGUUGCUUACCAGCCAUUCACCUCUCAAGUUACAAGAUCAACCUCUCACUUUCAGCCACAGAAGCAGCCUGCAUAUUCUCCUUAUGACAUGACAUCCGGUGCUAACAAUUCGGUUUCAUUAGGAGCAACAAUCAAAAGCAAAAUACGUGUUAGAUGGACUCGAGAUCUUAACAAGCGAUUUGUUGAAUCUGUAAAUCGACUUGGAGGUGCAGAAAGUAAGAGGAACUUGAUAUGUUUUGACAAGGAAAUAACAGUAUCAAUGAUAAUUGAUUGA